AACCGAUCGGCUGAAUAAUAAUAAUAAUAAAUAAAAAAAGUGCUGUUAAAAAAACAUGCAAUAAAUGGCUCCAAAAACUAGACAAACCACUAAAAAACUCAUCGGAGGUUCAAAAUGCGAUUUUCCUGUAAGCGAUUUACCAACUUAUAGAGACAUUUAUAGAUACUUUUAUUUCGUACAAUCCGAGUUAAAAAAUAAAUCAAACAUAAUUGAUAAAACCCAACAAGAACUUGUGAAAAUUUGGUUAAAAGUAAAUCCAAAAUUGCCCUUGAUAAAAAGUGAGUCAAUUUAUUUAAAAUUGGUCAAAACAUUUAACACAAUGAAACUUAUUAAUGGAAAAAAGUGCAAAAAAAGACCUCAAGUUGCAGCAUAUAAUGCGUCGGAAAAUCUUUAUGAUAUAUCUACCUUUAGAUGCAAUUUAGACGAAGUUCCCUGCUAUGAUGAUAGGGUCAAAUGCAAAUAUCUAACCUGCAAUAAUAAACAUUUAGUAUGUGUUUGUCCUCCAGAGUGCAAGAUUCCGCUGGAGGAACAAGAAUACAUCAAAGACCAAAGAUCAAGAAAUGGCACAAAAGGAAACAUUCAGUUAGGGCCAGUAGAUUAGAGCUCAGUAAAAAAAGAAAAAGGAAGAGUAGGAAAGUGUUCUAAUGUUAAAGUACUCUCAUGUGAUAAUGGCGAAUCAUAUUUUGAUA